GUAGAGGGUUCAUCUCCCUUGGAAGAAGUUUGUUCUGACUCGUCGAGGGAGGCUGAAAGCACCAAAUAAAUGGGCCGUCUCGCCACUGUCAUGUACGUACCCCGCCCAUCAUCAAUAUUAUGUAAUUCUUGGCGAAAUUAGGAAUUUUGGUUUUGGAAUAUACUCUUUUCCUUUUCCCAUUAUUCACCCAUCCAUCUCCUACCCCAAACUUUCCCAAUCUCCCCCAGCUUCUUACGAAUUUUCCAGGAAAAAUUGUGCUCAUUUUAUCGGAUUCCUCUGCGUCAGAGUUCAACCUUGUUGUUUGGUCAUACCUCAGAUCUACGCCCUUCCCUUGUUUCAUUUGGCGCGUAUUCAUUCUGCAAUCAUUGUUCUUGCCGUUUUGAUCCAUACCUCCUCAUGACUUCGUCAACGCCAUUUAACUUAGAUCGGAUGGAGUAGAAUCAGAACCUGUUGUUUCAAAAGCUGUGGUCUGUGGAACUUGGAAUUUUCAUAGAUUAUUGUGCGUUUCUUUUUCUGGGGAAAACUCCUCCUCGGUCGUUUUCAUUGGUCUACACCUUUAGAUUUACUGUUCGGAAAAAGGUAUGGAUUUGGACGAUUUCCGAUCAGUAUUGGAGACGGCUGGUGUGGAUGUAUGGAUGUUCAUCGACACUGCAAUCGACGUGGCUUCCAUUGAUUAUCACAACGAGUUAAAGCGUCGAAGGGAUGGAAUCGUUCAGCGUCUCUAUGAAGCCACUUCAGCUCCUGGACGGUGUCGGAAUUGCGAAGCGAUUCGUCUUAAGUCCAAUGGCCACGAAAUAAGAGCUCCAAUCGAGAAACAGAGCUCUCCUGAACUGAAAAGAGAUGCUUCGCCUGUAACGCCGCACUCUAUCGGCCAAGAUGACGGCGAUUUAGAUCCUUACGGAGGCCUUUUUGAUGACGAGGAAAAGAAGAUUCAAGAGAUCAAAGAGCAACUUGAGGAUCAGGACCAGCCCGAAGAUUAUGUGGUGGAGUUGCUGCAGAAUCUAGCGGACAUGGAUAUUACUUUCCAAGCGCUAAAGGAGACUGAUAUUGGGAGGCACGUUAAUCGGUUGCGCAAGCAUCCAUCCAAUGAUGUUCGGAGAUUGGUGAAGCUACUUGUCAGGAAAUGGAAGGAGAUUGUAGACGAAUGGGUGAAGGUAAAUCAACCAGGCGAUAUUGCUUCUGUCGUUGCUAAUGGAGAUUCACCUAUGCAGAGAAACGCCCAGAACGGGCACAAUCAGAUUCCUGAUUUUGCAUCCUCGCCUAAUCCGCACUAUUGGAGUUCUGGGUCAGACCGAAACUACUCAGAAGCUGAACCAAAACCAAAGACAGUUCCUCGAAGAGCGCCGCCAAAACCAGCAAACCCAGUGCCCAUGCCUGCUUCUGCUCCUCAAAAUAGAAAGAGAGAAGAGGGAGAUAGCAAUUUUGAAGCGGACAGACUUGCUUCGGCAAGAAGGCGGCUUCAAGAGAACUACAAAGAGGCUGAAAAUGCCAAAAGACAAAGAACGAUCCAAGUGAUGGACCUCCAUGAGAUCCCUAGACCCAAGAAUGCCUUCUUUGCAAAGAACAAAGGUGGCGGCGGUGGUUUUCAGGGUAGGCACCGGUAACACGAAACUCAAACACACAACAUUGCUCGCUGCAAGUGGCAAAUCACAUGUAUUAUAAAGGAAAAAAAAGAAAAAGGAAAAGAAAAACAGAACUUUCGGGUGUUGCCGGGGAAAACAUAAGUUAAUCCGGUUGAUCAUUAUCUAUCUCUUUUCUUUUAUAAAUAACCCUUCACUCUGAUGGUGUUUCAAGG